GCCGUAUUCACAAACCAAACUUAUACUUAUACUUAUGACUUAAGUCAGCGAACAGCCCUUAACGCGUUUCAAGAACCAACCUUGUACUUAUCGCAGAACUUUUCUCGUACUUAUCGCCGUGAUAAGUAAGGCUUGGUUAAGGUAGCCCCCGACCUACCUUAACGCUCCCUUGUAAACAAACAAAAUGGCGGCGAUGGACGACAACUUCGCGGAGUUCGUUAACUAUCUGGAGCGUCGUGAGGAAAUAAUGCGUGGGGCAGCCUUUUCAUACGCGUCACCGCCACGGCGAGUGCUCAGGGAUCGCUUGAAUCCCAUGGAAGUGUACGACGACUACGAGUUUUUGUGCCGUUAUCGAUUUACAAAAAGGACCGUGCAGCAGCUGCUCGAUAGGCUGCCUCUGCGGGAGAAUACCGAUGGACGUGGGUUCCCUGUGCCGCCUCUCUUGCAGCUGCUCAUCACACUGCGCUUCUAUGGAGCCGGCACGUUCCAAAUUGUGACCGGCGACCUAGUGAAUGUUUCACAGCCGACAGUGUCACGGGUAAUCGAACGCGUAUCGACUAUGAUCGCCAGAAGCCUAUUUCCUGUGCUUGUGCAAUUUCCCGCCGCUUCAAAAAUGAGCGGUGUAAUGCAAGAUUUCUACAGAAUAGGCAAGUUUCCCGGUGUGAGUGGGUGCAUUGAUUGCACCCAUGUGCCAAUUAAGAGCCCCGGUGGUGACCACGCCGAGGUGUACCGCAACCGGAAAGGAUACUUUUCGAUAAAUGUUCAGGGAAUCACGGGGCCCGACCUACAAUUUUAUGAUGUAGUGGCUAGCUGGCCAGGGUCUGCCCACGAUAGCAGAAUUUUCGACAGCAGCCGCGCCAGAGUGCUGUACGAGACGGGUGCCAUCCCCGGUAUUCUUCUCGGAGACAUGGGCUAUGCCUGCAGGUCAUAUCUGAUGACUCCUCUCAAGGAUCCUGCCCAAGGCACCCCAGAGUACAGGUACAACAAGUCGCAAGCAAAAACAAGAAACAGCGUGGAACGUGUGUUUGGAAUUUGGAAGAGGAGGUUCCCGUGCCUUCAGAUGAAGCUGCAAAUUGACACAGACACCUCACUCAUAGUAAUCACUGCAUGUGCGGCGCUUCACAACCUUAGCAGAAUUCUACAUGACCCAUGCCCUCCGAAUGUACAGCCCCACACUGCACCCAGUGUUCAACAGCCUACACCAACUUUGCCGAAUGGACAGCCGCAGAUGGCAAUUCAAGACUCCAAUGGCUUCAGAACUCGCUCUCGUAUUAUAGCAAAUUAUUUUUCAUAAAUGCAUGUAAACUUUGUAUUGCACUUUAUAUUCCAAUAAAUACAUUUUCAUCAUCAUCAUAUUCCUUUUUUAUCAAACAAAAAUAGAUAAGUAGGCAGCUUCAACUGGUGGACGCCAGGUACAGAGGUUAAGCGCUAGAGCGAAACACAGAAUGCAGCGCAGUUUUGUUUGUGACCCUAACUAGAAUCCAACCAGUACUCUUAUAUUUCACUUAAGCUUGUCAAAUGACACAAAUAUGGACAGGUGUGAUAUGACGAUUUAUUAGACGUCUCACGCAAUCGAGGCAGUCCACGAACGCUGAUGGUGCGCACAGCGACAGACGCACGAGCACUUCUUCCUCUUCUUCACUACAAUGGCCCCAGGAGAGAAGAUGAGCCAUCACAGCAAAGUGAGCGGCUUGGCGACGAAGUGUUCGAGAAGAGGGUGUGACGGAUGGAUCGUGGAGGAAAUUCAGCAUAGUUGAAAGCAGGGGAUCCUUACGCUGCUCGGCCGGCAUAUCAGCGACGUUGAUCGUCGACAUGGAUGCGAAGGGCGUUGACACUGAAGCCACAUCGGAAGGUAGCGGUGAUCGGGAAAGCGCAUCGGCGUCGGAGUGCUUUCUGCCCGAUCGGUAGACAACGCGGAUGUUAUAUUCUUGUAAGCGAAGUGCCCAGCGGCCGAGGCGACCUGACGGAUCUUUCAAUGAGGACAGCCAGCAAAGGGCGUGGUGGUCGGUAACAAUGUCAAAAGGGCGACCAUAUAGGUAUGGACGAAAUUUGACGAGAGCCCAAAUAAUGGCCAAGCACUGUUUCUCUGUGACAGAGUAGUUGGCUUCUGCCUUCUUUAAAGUGCGACUCGCAUAUGCGACGACGUACUCGUCGUAGCCGUCUUUCCGUUGCGCUAGGACUGCACCAAGUCCGAUGCCACUGGCGUCCGUGUGUAGCUCUGUGGGCGCUGUCGGAUCGUAGUGUCGAAGAAUCGGCGGCGAAGUAAGUAGACGACGUAGUUGCUUGAAGGGUUAGUAGGUGGCAUGCGACGAUGGCAGAAGCGCGCGACAUGGCCGGCGAAACCGCAAGCGAAACAUAUGGGUCGGUUGUCGCGUGUGCGCCAAGGGUUCUGAACUUGGCUUCGAGGCGGAAUAGGAGGCGACACGGGAGUUGGCA